AUGUCUAGAAAAGCAGAAUUGACCAUAAAAUUUAUUGUUGUUGGUGGCGGAAUUGCAGGUCUUGCGUGUGCGAUAGCACUGAGACGGGUCGGUCAUCGUGUGGUUGUUCUCGAACAAUACUCCGAUGCAGACGUUUCGAAGAUGUCGCACGGAGGCAUUCGGUUGCCUCCAAACGUCUCGAAAGUUCUCUUUCAUUGGGGCCUCGAGCGUGCUCUUCGGCAAGUAUCCAUAACGUCAAGUGCUAUGGAGGUUGAGAUUUACGAAACUGGCGAGUAUAUUGGUACCCAUCUGUGGGAAGAAGAGGUUCUGCGAGAAACUGGAGGAGACUUCCUUUUCCUGCAUCAUGUCGGACUCCGGAAAGUUCUGUACGAUGCUGCCAUAGCAGCGGGCGCUGAGGUGCGGGCAGGCACAAAGGUUGUCUCUGUAAGUGGUGAUGGCCCUCACGUGACAUUGACCACGGGGGAAACACUGCUAGCCGAUGUGAUUGUUGGCGCCGAUGGCCGCUCGAGUGUAGUGCAACAAGCAAUCGUCGGUAAGGAUGUUUUCGACGCAGUGCCAUAUCAAUCUUUGUUCUACAAUACUACUGUCCCAGCAGAACUUAUGAGAGCCGAUCCUCAAUUGGCACCCUUCUUCAAAAAACCCGUCGAGACUAUGUUUGUUUGGCUGGGCAAUAAUCGUUCGGCUGUGGCAUUCCGUAUAGGCGGUAAAGACGAGUUUGCGCUACAUCUAUGGGUGCCUCCCAGGCAAAAGGGGCUGUCCGAUGAUGAUUGCUGGGGAGGAGGUCUUGAUUUAAAGGAGAUGCGUCGGCAGCUUGGAGAAUGCGAACCGAGACUCCUAAAGAUGACCAAAUUGGCUGCCACACCCUCCCGUGUACAGGUCAAGAUGGUUCCACCAAUAGAAGAUUGGGUUGAUAAACACGGUCGUAUGGUAAUUAUAGGCGAGGCUGCACACCCACUUCCAGCAGGAUCAUUGCAGGGGGGCGCAAUGGCUGUAGAAGAUGCCGCUGUGUUUGCAAAGCUUUUCUCUCAUCUGCGAGAUAAAGAUCAAAUAUCGACAUUUUUACAUGCUUUUCAAGAUCUUCGGGAAGAUCGCUGUGCCAGUGUCGCGCAUACCGAACAAUGCAAUUUGUAUUUCCAAAUGCUGCCAGCUGGUCCUCAGCAGGAACAGCGCGACCAGGACAUGCGUGCCAAGACUGCUCAAGGGGAAAGCGUCUUCGGCGGCGGCGAAGCUUCCGAACAAUGGGAGCAGCUCAAAGAACUUUGGGGAUACGAUGCUGAAGAUGAAGCCGACGACUGGUGGGUCAAGUGGGGUCUUCUCCGCGAGCGAGCCAAGCAGCGAUCAUUGGACAUGGAAGCAGAAAUGAACGCUGCACGGCUGAGUAGUCUCCGCGUGCGAGCAUAG